CGGCGGCGCGCGCAGGGGCGCCGGGGCUGCGCCGGAGGCCGGCCCCGUGGCGUCGGGGGCUGGCGCGGCUGGGGCCGCCGCAGAGGAGGAGAUGCCCGCCCCCAGCAAGCACAGGGUGGCCUGCGAGUUCUGCGGCAAGCGGACCAAGCACCUGGCCGCCCACCUCAAGGAGUGCAGGAUCAGGUGCCCGAUCUGCAACCAGAGGAUCCUGGGCCCCGAGAUGGCUGUGCACAAGCGGGCCUGCAAGCCGAUCACGAAGACCUUCCUGGUGGAGGUCACCGAUCGGGAGCUGCAGGCUUCGAGGGAGAACAUGGCGCGGCUCAUGCUGGAACACGACAUCCUGGUCAACCCGGACAGCAAGAUGGGCAAGUCGUACCUCCGAAUGGAGGGUACCGAGGCUGCAGUGAAGGCGGCGAGGAGGGAGGUUCUCGGCAUGACCUUCAGGCUCAGUGUUCCCAUCGGCUUCGACAAUGUUGCGAAGUUCAUUGGGUCGGGCGGAGCGGUCAUCAAAGAGUUCGAGGCCAAAUGGUGCAUCCGCGCCAAGAAGGUGAACGACGGUGGAGAAUUUGAGCUCCGGGGCCGCCAGUCGGACGUCGAAGAAGCAGCGAAGGAACUCCGGGAUCGCUUCCCGCCAGCGGCGCCCGCGCCGCCGGCGAGCCGCCGCGAGCGCAGCCGCAGCCGUGGCCGCGGCGCAGCGGAGACCCCGGCGGCGCCGGCGGGAGACGGUGCUGCCGACGGACGUUGGCUGGAGGCGCGAGAGGACCGCUGGCGUAGCUGGGAGGACCGCCGGGAGGACCGCUGGGAGGACCAGAGCUGGGAAGGGCGGCAGGGGGCCGCGUGGGCUUCGCGCGCCGCCCGGUCCUGCCUCUGCCCCCCUGUCCAGACCCUGUGCCUCGCCGUCCGUGCCACGGCCCGGGGCAUGCCGGCGGAGGACCGCCCCGCGGCCGCGCCGCCGUCGAUCUCGGAGGCCCUGCGCGCCGCGGUCGCCCCGGGCGGCGGCGCGAGCGAGGCCCAGGCCGUGCGCGCGGCCGUGGAGGCGGCCCGCGCCGACCCUCCUGGCGCGGAGCGCUUCUGGGCCGCCAGCGUGCUGCUGCUGGAGCUCCCGGGCGGGCCAGCGGCCGGCGGGCACGGCCCCGCGGCGCAGGCGGAGGAGGUGCUGCGGGGGUGCCCCGACUGCGCGGCGCUGUGGGGCUUUGGCCGCCUGCACGGCCUCUUCGCCCCCGCGCCGCCGGCCUCGCUGGUGGCCGAGCUGGCGCGCAGCAGCGGGCUGGCGCCGGUGGCGGCCGCCUACGCGCUGGCAGCCGGGCAGGGGGGCUCGCUGGGCCGCCUCGCCUGGGGCCGGCUGCGCGCGGGGGAGGCCGCACCGAUCCAGGACAUCGGUGGGCUGCUGGAUCCCGAGAUGCCGUGGGCGUGGCCGCGGCCGCAGGAGGAGGCGGCCGACGGCGGCGGCCUGUCGGAGGCGCUGGAGAUGGCCACGUCGGUGGCCUCCGCGGCGGUGGCGCACGCGCACACCUCCGUGCCGCAGCCGGUGGAGCUGGAGCACCUGCGGCGGUCGCGAGAGGAGGACAGGGUGAACUACGCGCUCGCCGAGCAGCUUGCGGCCAGCGGAGACGUGGGCGGCGUGGCCGCCAAGGCCGAGAUGCUCUUCUAUGGCAAGGAAUCCGUCGUCCCAGGCGGAGGGGCUCUGCCGGCCACUUCACCGUCGGCCGUCGGCUUCAGGGUCGUGGGUGCAGCGCUGGUCGCCGUGGCGAUCGCGCUGCCCUGCGUCACUCGCUGCGUCGUUUCUAGGUGCUGUGGCUGGCGACGGCGGCGCUCCCAGAGAGCCUCAGACGCCCCCGAGUCCACCCCAGAGUCCAGUGGUAAAUGCUCUGGGUCGUUCACGGCCCUUGCGCAGGUUACCCUGUGCAUCGCUGCUGGCCUGCUGGUCUACUCGUCGGGGCCUCUGCUGGCGCCCCCCGGCGCGCUCCUGCGCGACGAGGCGCUCUCGCUGCAGCUCUUCAGCGAGGCAGCGGACGGGGGCCACUGGGGUGCGGCCUACGCGCUCUUGCUCGCCGCCGCCGACGACGGCGGCAACAAGAGUGAGGCGGAGCCGUGGCUGGAGCAGGUGGUGGAGCAGGGAGACGCCCCAGCGCGCGCUUUCGCCGCACACUUCCAGAGCCGCUGGGGCGUGGGGUCCGAGCGGGACCCCCAGCGCGCGGGGGAGCUGCUGCGGGAGGCCGCGGAGCUGGGCGAGCCGAACGCCGCCCUGCUCCUCGCGGAGGCCCAUGCCCACGCCGGCGGCAACGAGAGCGAGGUCUGGCUCGAGGGCAGCCCCAAUCUGUCGGUGGCCCUCCACUACUACCGCCAGGCCGCCGCGGCGGGCCUGUCCACCUGCAGGUACAACAUCGGCGCGAUCCUGCUGAGGCAGGCGGGGGACGGCCCGGGGCCGGUGCCCGCGCACGUCCUGCGCGAGGCGCGGGCCGAGUUCGCCGCCGUGGCCACCGACCUCGACCCCACCGUGCGGCUGCUGUUCGCGCUGGGGGUACGCUCCUGGGAGCUCGGCGACAGCGCCGCAGCGCUGCGGACCUUCAUGCUCCUGUCCGAGGUUGGCAGCGAUAAGGCCCACCGCAACGCGGCACGGCUGUGGGAGCAGCGGGCGGCGGGCGGCCGGACUGCCCCGUGGUGGCCGCCGGUGGCCUCGCUGCUUGCGGGGUCCGGGCUCUGGUCGGGCGCCCUGGAGCCGCGCCAGCGGGAGGCCGGGGAGCAGCCGCCCGGGGGGCUGCCGCGCGCGCCGGAGUGCGGCGCCGGCCAGGGGCUCGGGGCGGAGACGUUCCGCUUGGCGCACCGGGGCAUGUACUGCUGCGCUGGCGGGGACUGUCAUGCGGCGCAGUGGCUGCUAAACGAGGGCGACGUCGACCCCGUCGACUGCAUGCGGUGGUGCAGGGACGAGCCCGCGUGCAGCUACGCGACCGUCUACGACACCGGCUUCUGCCAGCUGUCCGAGGAGUGCGAGGUCACCGCCGAGGCCGGCGACCCGACGGCCGCCACCUACGCGCUGACCAGGGGGCCGCCGGACACGUGCGGAGCACCAGUCACGCAGCUGCGGCGGGCGUGCCCCCAGCUCCCGCCGCUACGUGGUGCUGGCCGCCCCUCCGCGACGAGCCCGACGACGACCUGCGGUGCAUGUGCCGUGGCCUACCAC